GCUGCUUCUCAGAACUUGUCCGUUAUGUCUAAAAAAGGAGAUGACUGCUACUUCUAUUUCUAUUCCACUUGUAACAAGGGAGACAGCUGUCCCUUCCGGCACUGCGAAGCUGCUCUGGGAAAUGAAACCGUCUGCACGCUCUGGCAGGAGGGUCGCUGUUUCAGGAAUAUCUGCAGAUUCAGACACAUGGAAAUCGAUAAAAAACGCAGUGAGAUUCCUUGCUAUUGGGAGAAUCAGCCAGUAGGUUGUCAAAAAUCCAACUGCGCUUUUCACCACACGAAAGGACGUUACGUUGAUGGACUCUUCUUACCGCCAAGCAAGACUACGCUUCCAAGUCCACCUGAGUCUGCAGAAGACGAUGGGAAAAUGGCUCAGAUGUUGCUGCAGCAAAACAAACUUUGUGUCCAGUCCAAUCCCUCUCCACAGCUGAGGGGAGUGAUGAAAGUGGAAAACUCUGAAAAUGUCCCGAGUCCUACGCAUCCUCCAGUUGUAAUCAAUGCUGCAGAUGAUGAUGAGGAUGAUGAUGACCUGCUUUCUGAAGAAGGAGAUGAAGCUAAAACACCUGUCCAGCAACCGGCAACAGAGCCCCGUAAUGGAUUGCGGAUAAUUUCCACUAGGAAAUGCAAUGCUAAUGCAAAGCAAGGUGACAAUUUAAAUUUCGGAAUAAAAACACUUGAAGAAAUCAAAUUGAAGAAACUAAAGGAAAAAACAAAAAAACAAGAAGGUCCUUCAGGAGUUUCUGUUCAUCAGCUCCAAUCUCGGACUGUUCCUGUGCCAGAAAAGGAGAACGUCCGGACAGUAGUGAGGACUGUGACUCUUUCUUCAAAGCAAGGGGAGGAGCCUGUAGUUCGACUGAAUCUUGCUGAGAGACUGGGAAAACGGAAAGCCUCCACAGCUGGUGCAAACGUUGUUCCGCUAAAGCGCAACCUUGCUGAGAGGCUGGGGAAGAAGAUAGAGAUUCUGGAGCCUGCUGACAAAGCACCAAAGAGAGUUCAAGUCCCCAAGUCUCUGAAGGAGAGGCUAGGAUUGUCCUCUGGACAGACUGGUGCAAACGCAGAGAAGGCUGCUAAGGCAGCAGGAGAGAUCCAUGUGAAAACGCUGGAGGAAAUCCGUCUUGAGAGAGCUAAUCGGAGACGAGGAGAACCUCAGGCUAAACCCCAGGCUGAAGUGCAUUGUAGAACGGAAGAUCCCGGCUUGGGAGCAAGACCUUCCCCUCCAGUUCGCAUCAGAACUUUCUCAGGAGCCUUUGCUGGAAAAAACCACAAGCAAUUGGAAGAAGAGAAGCCAAAGUGGCAAGAACUUCCGACUAAGACAAAAAAUGAGACUGACCCCAAGAAGCAGACCAUGCUUGCUCCAUCCGUGCCCAGCAAAGUGCAGCUGGCGGAGCCGGCAGGUAAAGCCAAGGCAGCAGGAGAAGUGCGUGUUAAAACCUUGGCAGAAAUCAAGCAGGAGAAAGCUCUGCGGAUGCAGCAGAGUGGAGAACAGCUGCCAGCUCCACCAGCACAACCUGAACCUGCCCCGGCAGGGAGGAGAUUGUUACGGAUCACAAAGCUCACAGCACCUGGAAGAGAAGAAAAGAAGAUAGUGGAAUUGAGCAAGCCUUCUCCCAAAGCUGCCGUUGCAGCUGCAGAGCCCUCUGGGCAGAGUGCAACUAAUUCUGAAGUUCAAGUGAAGAGCCUUGAAGAGAUAAUGAGGGAGAAGCUGCAACUAACGGAACGCCAAGAAGGGAAGCUUCAGAAGGAAGCAGCUGCCGUGCCAUCUUCUUUUGAAAAAGCACUCAAGGGUAAAACUCCAACAUCAGGGAGUCCUAAAUCCAACGUGGUUUCAGGGUCAGCUUCUCAACUUGCGAAGAAGAUAUCGGUGAAAUCCCGAGGCGAUGGAGUUGAAAGCUUGGGAAAGGAUGCUGCUGUAUCGCCAGGGAAACAAGCAGCUCAACUUUUGGAAAAGAAAGCUAAAACCAAAUCUGAGGCGUGCCUGAAGCCUUCGGAUGGGAAAACCACCUUCCCCACAAAGAAGGCCCUGAAGCGUAAGGCAGCCGAGAGUCACCCCUCUGCCGUGGCGGCUGUGAAGCCGAUGACUGCCACCGGUGGGGAUACCAAGGACCCUCCAGCUAAAAAAGCAGCCGUGGCUGUUGUUCCUGCUUUGCCAGAGGACAGCCUGGCCACCAUACCUGGGACACCAAAACCCAAAACCAGUCUCGAACUGCGUAUCGGAAGCCAGGCGGACUCUGUGGCGCAGCCAGAGGUCUCAAGCUCAACUUCAGCUUCUUCGCAAGCAGCGACAAAGAUGCGGCGGUUGAGCUCCCCAGGGACUGGGAAAGCACCCUUGUCUGUAGAAGAUGACUUUGAGAAGCUUAUUUGGGAAAUCUCAGGAGGCAAACUGGAAGCAGAAAUCGACCUGGACCCAGGGAAGGAUGAGGAUGACCUCCUCCUGGAACUUUCUGAAAUGAUUGACAGCUGA